AUGCGAAACCACACAGCAAUAACAACGUUCAUCCUUCUGGGACUGACAGAAGACCCACAGCUGCAAGUUUUGCUUUUUAUUUUUCUAUUUCUCACCUACAUGUUGAGUGUAACUGGAAAUCUGACCAUCAUUACUCUCACUAUGGUGGAUGCUCACCUUAAAACUCCCAUGUAUUUUUUUCUCCAAAAUUUUUCUUUCUUAGAAAUCUCAUUUACAACUGCUUGUGUUCCAAGAUUCCUGUACAGUAUAUCAACUGGGGACAGAACAAUUACCUAUAAUGCCUGUGUCACUCAACUAUUUUUAACAGAUCUCUUUGGGGUAACUGAAUUUUUUCUUUUGGCUACCAUGUCAUAUGAUCGCUAUGUGGCCAUCUGCAAACCCUUGCAUUAUAUGACAAUCAUGAACAACAAAGUGUGCAAAACAAUGGUUAUUUGUUGUUGGAUGGCAGCAUUUAUGAUUAUUCUCCCACCACUUAGCUUAGGUUUUGAUCUGGAAUUCUGUGACUCUAAUGUCAUUGAUCAUUUUGGUUGUGAUGCAUCUCCUAUCCUGAAGAUAUCAUGCUCAGACACAUGGUUAAUAGAACAGAUGGUGAUAGUGUGUGCUGUGUUGACAUUCAUCAUCACACUCAUGUGUGUAGCUCUUUCCUACAUUUAUAUCAUCAGAACUAUUCUAAGAAUCCCUUCUGUUCAACAAAAGAAAAAAGCCAUUUCUACCUGUUCUUCACACAUGAUCGUGGUUUCCAUCACCUAUGGCAGCUGUAUCUUCAUCUAUGUUAAACCAUCUGCAAAAGAAGAGGUAAACAUUAAUAAAGGUGUGUCAGUGCUUAUGUCUUCCAUAUCACCUAUGUUGAAUCCUUUCAUAUAUACCCUGAGAAAUAACCAGGUUAAACAGGCCGUUAGUGACUCAAUCAAAAAAAUUGCAUUUCUCUUUAAGAAGUAA